AUACUAAUAACUGGUUCAGGUUCACGUCAACCACAUCAAACCCUCGUGUGUAAAAAUGCUUCGAAUUGGACACUUCUUCCUUUUCGUCAUCCUUACUGUUGCUGUGUUGUCAAUUCCAACUAGUUAUUCGAAGAGCAAAAUGCUUAAUAACAUCUUCAAACAAAUUCACAACAAAAAAGCCGUCGGAGACGCCUUCCCAUACGAGACCUACGGUUUUGGAGAUGCUGGAUACGGCUUGGGUGACGAGCAAAACUACUUCGUUAUUGUCUGAACAAAUUUUCGAAUUUUAAUACUUCAACACUCCCCAUUAUCACUACCUUCUGAUCUCCACUCCUCAAUUUUUCUUUCUAAAAUGCCCACUUUUUCAAUUACCUUAAUAUUAUUAAUUUCAAUUAUGAUCUCUCAUAUAAUUCGUUGUUCUCAGACAGAAGAUAAUAAACUUUUCACUGUU